AUGGUGAACCAUUGUGGUCUGCUCUCUGCAAGAAAGGAACCAGGUAGAGAGCUUCAAAAUGCUUUUUAUUUAUUUAUUUAUUUUACCAAUACAGAAUCUUUGUUUCCUGUCUUUUAUUCAAACCUUAAAACUAACUGACUUUUGUUGCUUUAAACAGAUUUAAAUGAUUUUAACAACAACAACAAUAAAGAAUUAUGUAAAUUUGUUGUAUGUUUUGUUUUCUUUGUUGUUACUUUAUGAGUGUUUGCUGUUGAUGAUCGAUGACCAUUAUGUUUCUCUUUGUUGCUUGGUCAGUUCCUUUAAAGAGUGUGGAGGUGGAGGUGGAGGUGAGGGACCAUGUGGCAACUGUGGUCUCCACUCUCUAUUACGAGAACAAAGAGGACAAACCAUUAGAAGCAGUUUUUGUCUUCCCUCUGCCUGGAGAUGCUGCUGUCUGUCAUUUUAGCGCUACGCUUGGACAGACACAGAUCAUUGCAGAGGUCAAGGAGAAACAGGAGGUGAGCAACACAGUGAGGAUUAACUAUUUACUGUGAAACUAUCAGUAUAAUAAAUGUAAAAAUUAAGGUGACUCAUGUAAUCUGUACUCUAGGCACGUGAGGACUACGAUGAUGCUUUAAGCUCUGGUUUGGAAGCCUUUCUGUUGGAGGAGAGUGAGCAAAGUCCGGAUAUAUUCUCCCUGAGUGUAGGCAGUCUUCAACCCGGAGAGAGUGCCUCAAUCAGGCUGGAAUAUGUCACUGAGCUGAAUGUGCAGGCUGAUUCUGGACUGAGGUUUUGUCUGCCUGCUGUGCUUAACCCUCGCUACCAACCUCAGGGUAGGAAAAACAAGCAAAAACACGUGUCAGUAACUUUGAAACUGCAUCUAUAUUGGUGGAUUGGCAUUGCACCUUUCUUUUAGUGCUUGUAAAAGUCAAAUCUUUAAAACUUGAAACUCAGCAAACUAAGAGACAAAGUGGUUGACCACUUUGAGCAGCCCCAUUAAUGACAGCCUUAUUAGGCCAUGAGCCAGGGGGGUUGGUCGGUAUCAACUGAGGGGAAUAAUGCUCAUAGUGAUUUUUGACAUUGUAUACAUGUAUAGAGUUAGAAAAUAUGUGAUAGCAUUGCAGCAGUGGUAGCUAAAUGUGUGCUAUCAUGCAUUUUAUUUUAUAACACUAGGCGAAAAUUACAUGGGUCAAUUUAUGAAGACAUACAACUUAACCCCCCAAAAAACCUAUAGAAAGGGUUUCUUUUCACCAUACAUCAUUUCUAUAAGGUGUCUAGACUAACAUAAUAUGAGUCCUAUGAAAUCCUAUUUGGAAAAGUAUUUUAAUUUCGCCAGACAACAAUACGCAAAUGAGCUCAAAACUCAUUAAAAUUUGCCCAAAAUACUCCUUUUCCCCCGAACUAUUAUCACAGUGAAACUAUUAUCACAGUGAAAGCACAUUGAAAGAGGGUGAUGGCAAUGCUGCUUUUGGACCGGCCUCUAACCUGAAAACUGCCCGGCUUGGUUGUACCUACCAGGGGUAUAACCCCGGCUGGCGUAGUCUUCAGGGUCACUGAGGCACACGAGCCUCCCCACCACGACAAGGUAGUAACAAUAGGGGAGGGUGUUUUUUGUGUUUUUUUUUUGUGUUUUUGUAUGUUUAUUUUUGCCCGGAUCCUCACCACCUUCUCUACAUGUCAGUUCCUGGCUUGUUCUUUGCUUUGUCCUGGGACAGAGGUAAACCAAGAAAGGUGGUUUUGGUGUAUAUCCCUACGUUUGCCAUUCAGGAAUAGUGUAGGCCUGAAUCUCUCCAAUUCUCAAUUAUACAGAUCAUACUUUUGACUUCUACACAUUUACAACCUAAUAAUCAAAAUCAUUUUCAUCACUAUCUUUCACGUCAGAUGGAUGGAAAGGCCAAGGACUCUCAGUCAUCUCCUGUUUUAUGACUGAUCUAAUAUGAGAUGAAGUCUGAUCUAUGAUCUUGUUCAAAUUGGUUGACUUGGCCCUCCAAACUUUGAGUUCCCUCUGCAGUGUUUGAUUUUUCAAGACAACAUCCCUAAAUGAUGCACUUUGUGGUACGAUCAGCAAUUUUCCUUUCUCAUCUGGGAAUAUAUGUACUAUAUUGCCCAGCUCAGAUUCAAGAUUCCUGCAAAUAUUCUUCCUUGUAUAAUCUCGCAAGCAUGUAAUUCCUCUAGACAGCAUUAAUUGUUCAAGUUUCAAGACCAAAGAACUUGCUUGUACAAUGGUCUUAUUGGGUAUGAUAUCAGCUCUGAUAUAUUUGAAAAGAUCAAUAUAGGCUUCCCUUUCAAUGUUUUUAUACAGUUCACCACGAUCUGUUUCCUCAUUUUUCUUUUUGCACACAGGUUCCUUUUUCUUGAUUCGUGUAUAAUCUUUAUAGCAUGACACAUGAUAGUGGGCCUCUGCAGCAACUAUGUCUCUGCUUGUUACUGCUAGAAUAUUUUCAUCCCCUUUUUGAGUUGCACACUCUCUUGAAGUUUGGUCAGCUCUGAGUUGUACAGCUUGUGUAAGCUUUUCACGCAACUUGGAGCCCUUUAAAAACUUCUCAUUCUCAUACAAAAGAUGCAGAUAUGAUCAUACACCCUUGAUGCUGAUGAAGAUCUCCUUCUAGGCCUUUUUGAUACACAGCCGUACUCAACAUCUUCAUCACCAGUAAUGCUUUCCUUGGCUUUCUUUUUCAAUGACUCCAAUUCCCUCUUCAUGGUGAAGAGGCUUUGGCAUUUUCUGUGAUAAUAAAUUGUAGGCACAUCCUUUUCUCUAAUAUUUUUUAGCAAUGUCUAAAAUAGGGGCAUGGUUUCUCACUUUGGCUGCUUCAAGUAAUGUUUCCCAGGAUUUAUAGUCUUGGGGACUAACUAAAUGUUCACCAUCAUCCUUGGACAUUUUAUUGUGUAUGAUGCACUGUUUAAUCGAUUCUGUCUGCUUAGGACUCUCCAUCAUAAAGGAAAGUGAUUCAGCUCCUUGACAUGAAAACACUCUGCUGUUCUCUGAAUUGUGUCUGACAUUAAAAACAGGGAUAUGCCCCUAAUUUGCCUAAAUAGCCUCAAUGAUGAUUAAGGUUAAGACUUGUAUUUUUAACUGAAACAUUUGUCACCCCUCCAAAGGAAGUGGAGAUAGUGCAAGUGGUAACGUCCAAGUAACCUCGUGUCCAGCCUCCUUGGUGCCCUACACCCUGUCCUUCUCUGCCCAAGUGUCGUCUCCCCGUCCUGUCUCCAAAAUAGAGUCCAACUGUUCCCUUGAUCCUCUACAGUACCUCAACUCAGAGCAAACCAAAGCCACGGUAGGUGGAAUAUUCAUGUGUCUGCUGAUGUUGUUGUCUUUACUGGUAACACUAUGUGUCAUUCAUGUUGGUUUGUGUGUCCUAUAAACUAUAGAUCAAGCUGGCUGCAGGGCACAAAUUUGACAGAGAUGUUGAACUUCUGAUUUAUUACAAAGAUGCCCACCAGCCCACUGCGGUGGUGGAGGCAGGCCAGGCUUCUGCUGAGCUUGGUGAGUAGAAAUUUGUGAAGUUCCUAUUUUGCAUUUACAAAUCUUAAUAGCCUAACUCUCUAGUCUAGCAAAUAAAUCACAUACUUUAAUAAACAGCAAAAGUAAGAUUGGAUGUCUUUGUGGCUCAGGCACUCUGAUGGGUGAUCCAGUAGUGAUGCUGAGUCUGUACCCAGAGUUCCCACAGGCUGUGAUGUCCUCAGUUGCCACAUGUGGAGAGUUUGUGUGCUUAUUGGAUCGCUCUGGCAGUAUGGGUGCAGCUAUGAACCACUCCAAUAGAAAUGAGACUCGCAUUAGUAGUGCCAGGGUAUGAAUGUGUAUAUUCUUAUAUAAAACUAUCGGGAAUUUUCUUAUCAGACAGCAGCUUUCAUGAUUAUGUUUUUCCCUGAAGGAUACUCUUCUACUCCUGCUGAAGAGUUUACCAAUGGGCAGCUAUUUCAACAUUUACAGUUUUGGCUCCAGUUUUGAAUCCAUUUUCCCGUAAGUUACUUCUCAAAGGCUGUCCAAUAAAUUUGUCCCUGACUUUGUUGUUAUUUGAGGAUUUUUUGAUGUAAUCACAGUAAGAGUGUGGAGUACAACCAGGAGACAAUGGAAAAGGCUUUGAAGAAAGUUGAGGAGAUGCAGGCUAAUCUGGGAGGAACAGAGAUCCUUAAGCCACUUAAACACAUCUACAGCCAGCCCUGCAUUCCCAGUCAACCCAGACAAGUACCACACAUUCACACACAUUCACACAAAACAUGUGAAACAGGUCCAACAUCCCCUGCCAGUAACUAAAACAAUCUAUUCAGUCACCAGUAAAAGAAUCUUUCUGUUCUGGUGUUACAGUCACUAGUUAGUUUAUUCUCACCACACCUUGUUUCAAACUUGGCACUAAUAACCACUUCAAUGUUGUGGCAUCUAAACAGCCUUCUGAAAACAACGGCUGCAAAUGAUUGUGAUAUAUUUGAAUAACAUGAAAAUUCUCUUCCCUAGCUAUUUGUAUUUACUGACGGAGAAGUGUGGAACACCAAAGAAAUUAUAGACCUGGUAAAGAGGAAUUCACAUGCCCACAGGUGAACUGCCAGAAACUUUGUAAACAACCAGAUUAUUUCACACAACAUAUACAUUGUUCUCCUGCUGUCUGGGGUAAAAGUUAAACAACUCUAUUUCAGAUGUUUCUCUUUUGGGAUUGGAGAAGGGGCCAGCUCCGCUCUCAUCAAUGGGUUGGCCAAGGAAGGAGGAGGUCAUGCUCAGUUCAUUUUAGGAAGUGACAGGAUGCAACCAAAAGUCAGUUCCACAUGAAAUACAAGCAAUCUGUCAUGUUCAACAAUUCUUUGGUUUGUUGGAUGGGAGGGGUAAACCUUUUAAAAGUGAUUUAUCUUCACCAGGUGAUGCAGUCACUGAGGUAUGCUCUACACCCAGCUGUGGUGAACAUCUCAGUCACAUGGGAUUUACCAAAAGAUGUGUCCGCCACUGUCCUUUCUCCACCGAUCACAUCACUUUUCCAGGGUCAAAGGUCUCUGAUUUAUGCUGGACUCACUGGACAGGUAGGAAUUGUUACAUAUGAAGAGGAAGUUCUCUGUAUUUUAGUGUAAUAGUGUAAAGAUUUUGGUUUGAAACCAUUUAAACAUUGAUCUCCUUCUCUGCCUCUCAUAAGGGUCCUAAAUCUGUAAAUUCUGUCAGAUUUCAGAGGCAGCUGAAGGCUGUGUGACAGUAAAAUACAGCCUGGCAGGUCAUCCCUCUCAGAACCAGCUUCGCUUCAACCUGAAACCUACAGAGGAUUCUGGGUAAAAAAAUAAUUAUUUUCAAAACAGCCUUUAUACAGUAUAUGUCCUGACAUGACGAUAUGGAGUUUCAUUUCAAUAUUGAGAACAACACUGAAUGAAUGCUAAAACUUAUAUUUUUGAAAAAGGGAAAAUAUUUGGCACCAACAAGUUUCUUCUUAGUCGUUGACACAGAAAAUGAGCUAAGAUGUACACACUGUAACAUGAAAACACAGAAAAACUAAACCAGACUUGAUCUCAGUUGUGUUCCAGUGCAACAUGACCUUAUGGCCAUUGUUCAAUCACUGAACAACUGAGGAACAGCAAGAUGUUUUAUGUAUCAUAUUGAAACAAAUCAUAUAUAUAGAUAAAGAUAUAGCUGUGUUUGGAGAUCUAACAGAGUGAAAGAAAAACAUCACAAACUCUGAUAGCGCUGACUGAGCUUAAUAAAAUGAUUUUUAGAAGACUCCAGAGUUCAUUACUGGUAAUGUAAUCGUCAAUAUAUCCACAUCCUCUGCACAUCCUUUAACAUGUGAUAUCAAUAUUUUCAGACUAACAGUCCACAGGCUGGCUGCUCGGGCUCUGAUUCGCUGCCUGGAGAUGGAGGAUAGAGAGCCCAGACAACAGCAGGAUGACAGUGUCAAGAAGAAGGUGGUAGAGCUCAGUGUGCAAUCAGGAGUGAGCAGUGCCUUUACUGCCUUUAUCGCAGUCAACAAAGGCAAUGGCAAAGCCAUACAGGGACCACUGGAGCGCAGGAAUGUUCCAGCGCCCAGUGAGUAUUUCAUAGACACUUUAAUUAAAAAUAUGGCUGCUAACAUCAUAGAGAAGAGUAGAGCUCUAAGAUUUAGAAAAAGUAACUAUUUAUAAUUCUACAAAUGAGUUUCAUAACUGCAGAUAGGAUUACACACUUUAGGAUUAAAUUAAAAAAUGCAAUCAGCUAGAAUUGACUUUGGCUGAUAUCUUCUCAAGUAAAGUUUCUCAUAAUUGCUAAACCUAACACUGUUUUGUCAUCUCAGUAUCAAAGUGCAGUGGAUUGCAAUCUUAUGACUCCUUCUCCAUGCCCAUGUUAUGCCAGAGUAAGUAAAAGAUCAAAUUCUUGUUGGCACAUCCUUAUGUUACAUCUUGACCUUCUAAGAUUGUCCUACUAAACUCUCAGGUAUUCCCAGUAACAGGAGCCUUCAAUUAUGCGCUAUAGAGUCCUGUGACAUCUCUUUUGACUGUAAGUAAUUAAAUGAUUUUUAAACCCCAUAUAUACUGUAUAUAUGUGUGUGUGUGGGUAUGUGUGUGUGUGUGUGUGUGUGUGUGUGUGUGUGUGUAUGUAUGUAUAUGUAUAUAUGUAUAUAUAUGUAUAUGUGUAACUAUAUAUGUGUAUAUGUAUAUAUAUAUUCAGACAAGUCAUUUUAAAUUGAUAAUAUUUUGGGGAUACUUCUUUUUCUUGAUCAGGAUGCACUUGCUGUUGGAUUUUUUAAAAUAACUUUGUGCCCUCAUUUUCACUGUGUGGAUGGUAACCCUGUUCUUAUCUUAGUACCUCUGUUACAAAGAAGGAGUAUUAUAACAAAAUGCUUUUUGUGUGUGUAGUUUUUAUUAUGAUAUUGUUGGUUUUCUAUCUAACAUUGCUAGUUUUAUAUAUCUCAGGCUGUUUUUUUCUACUCUCUCAACAGCCAAAAAGAAAAAAACUAAAUCUUUCAAACCUAGCCUCUUUUCAUGGAAAGGAAAGAAACAGAAGGUUGUCCAAUCAGGUAAAAGAUCUCUGCAGACUGAUGCAGCAUAUCUGCACAACAGUGUCAAAGAGACAACAGUGGAAACAAUGAAUGCUUCAAAUGCAUAUCAAUUCCACAAAGACUGUUUUUUUUAUCUUUGCAUACUAAUUUCCUUUGUCAGAUGUCCCUGAGACAUCUCCUCUGCCCACCAUGGACCCUUUGCUUCACUUGGUCUCCCUUCAGAAGGCAUCUGGCUGCUGGGACCUUAGUCCAGCUUUGGCUACAGCACUUGGCAAGACUAGUGAAGAGUUGAAAAAGCCAAAACCUGCAUCGGUCUGUUAUUUUUAAAACAACAUUUGUAAUGUUGUAAGGGACUGAGUGUGAAUAAGAUUUCAUAAUCUAUUGCCUGCAAGAUCUUCAUCUCUCUAAUUUUGCUAUUAAGGUGAAUAUGGAAAUAUGGGCCACUGUGCUGUCUCUGAUCUGGCUUCAUGGUUUCAAGAUGGACGUCAGGGAAGAGUGGGAGCUCCUGGCUAUGAAGGCUGUGUCAUGGCUCCGUGCCCAGAACUGUAAGAGCACUGAUAAACAUACAGAGCAUCUGGAAAGUAUUCAUAGUGCUACACUUUUUUCACAUUUACCUUUAAAUUUGACACACAAUUACCCAUAAUGACAAAGUGAAAAAGUUUGUCUGAAACUCUUGCAAAUUGAUUGAAAGUUACAACCGAAAUAAAACAUGUACGGUAGUAUUCACAGUGUUUGCUCAGUACUUGGUCGAUUUACUUUUGGCAGCAAUUUCAGCCUCAAGUCUUUUUGAGUAUGAUGCUACAAGCUGGGCACACCUAUUUUUGGGCAGGUUCUCCCAUCCUUUUUUGGCAGAACCUCUCCAGCUAUACCAAGUUGGAUGGAGAGCGUUAGUGUACAGCCAUUUUCAGAUCUCUCCAGAGAUGCUCAAUUGGGUUCAAGUCUGGGCUCUGGUUGGCCACUCAAGGACUUUCACAAAGUUGUCCUGAAGCCACUACUUUGUUAUCUCGGCUGUGUGCGUAGGGUCUUUGUCCUGUAGAAAGAUGAAUCUUCGCCCCAAUCCAAGGUCCAGAGUACUCUGGAACAUGUUAUCAUUAAGGAUGUCUCUGUACAUUGCUGCAUUCAUCUUUCCCUUGACCCUGACUGGUCUUCCAGUUCCUGCUACUAAAAAACAUCACCACAGCCUGAUGCUGCCACCACCAUGCUUCACUGUAGGGAUGGUAUUGGAAAGGUGAUGAGUGGUGCGUGGUUUCCUCCAAACAUGACACUUGGAAAUUCAGGCCACAGAGUUCAGUCUUUGUGACACAUGAAAAUAAUUCUAAAUAAAACAGUAACACAAGAAAAUGUAAAAAAAAAAGAAAAAAAAAAGAAAAAGAAGUCUAGCUCUGUGAAUACUUUUCGGACGCAUUGUAGAUAAAAUGUCGUUGAGUGUGUGCGCAGUUUAAAAUAAUCUUUUUGAUCACAUUCAAACCUCUGAUUGAUUUUUUUUGUUUUCAGCAUCAGAUCUAAAUGAGUGUGUGGAUGCUGGAAAUGCACUCUUGGGCUGCAACGUCACAAAAGACUCUCUGGGGUUCUGA